UAUCCAGAAAUAGCAUGCAGUCGUACUUUCUCGGUCAUUCAGUAAGCAACAUGGAAAAGUGGAACGGAAAAAUAGCCGUAGUAACAGGCGGAAGUGCUGGCAUAGGCGCUCAAUUUGUUAAAGAUCUUGCCAAAAAUGGCAUUCACGUAAUUGGAUUAGCAAGACGGCAUGAGAGGAUCCAAGAAAUUGCCAAAGAAUUGGGUGAAACACCCGGCAAAAUCUACGCUUACAAAUGCGAUGUUUCGGAUUUACAGUCCAUUAAAGAUGCCUUCAAAUGGAUUGAAGAAACCUUUGGCUACAUCCAUAUUCUGGUUAAUAACUCUGGAUGUGCGCGUAACAUAAAAAUCCUUAGCGACGAGGAUGUAAGUCAGAAAAUCGAAGAGGUAAUCCGAACCAAUUUCAACGGGCUUGUUCAUGUUACUCGUGAAGCGUUUCGGCUGAUUAAAAAGUCGAACGAUUACGGAUUCAUCUGUAAUAUUAACAGCAACCUCGGCCACAGAAUACCGUUUCCCAUGGAUAAAAAUUUGUCACACAACGUUUAUCAAGGAUCAAAAUUUGCCGUAACAGCAACAAGCGAAGUGAUGCGUCAGGAGUUGAUUUGUCAGGACAACGAUAAGAUACGAGUUACGAGUCUAUCACCCGGUGUAGUGGAAACUGAGAUAUUUGAAGCAGCUGGCUACAUAAAAGAAGGCGAAGAACAGCUUUUUUCUAAACUACCCAGCAUUCAAGCAAAAGAUGUUUCUGAUGCCUUCAUGUAUUUGCUUUCAACGCCAUACUAUGUCAAUGUGACUGAACUUACUAUUAAACAUCAAAGUCAAAAAACUUAAUCAAUAAUGCAAGACGAUUCAUUUUAAAUAAAAACUCUGCGCUUUGAUGAUA